AUGGCAUCUCCAAAUCAACGCAAGCUCACCAUUCUCUUUGUGCCUUUGGACGGCUACGGGCACAUCAACGCCUGCGUCGGCAUCGCCGAACGCCUGCUCGCCCACGGCCAUCGGGCGGUCUUCGCGCUGGAGCAGGCGUGGAAGGGCAAGGCCAGUCGGUACGAGGGCGUCGAGGAGGUGCUCUUCGUGGACGCCACCCGCGACCCCUCCUUCGGCGCCAACGACUACUGGGUGAAGGUCUUCAUGCAGGAGUUCAAGAAGAAGUUUCCCCUGGAGCCGCUCGAUGCGCUGAAGGCGGCCAACCUCGAGCUGGAGGAGCAGUUUCUCUACACACUUCUAAAUGUCGACGCCGAGCUGGAGAGGGUGAUCCAGUCGGUGAGGCCGGAUGUCAUCGUCGCCGACACCUACGUCAGCAUACCGGCCGUCUACAAGUCGGGCAUUCCCUGGGUGUGGCUGACCAGCGCCGCUCCGCUGGUCUGUCUGCCCUCAGACGACCUUCCGCCGCAUCGGACCGGUUUUGCCUUGGACAGCGACCGAGCCGCCUGGGCGGAGUAUCGAGCCCUCGAGAAGGAGCGUUUCACCCCCACCGGCGAGAAGUUCAUCAAAAAGCUAAUCACCGAGUUUGGCAUGCCACCACCACCACCGGAAGGAAGUGGAAUUGACUCCAACUCAGGCCAAACUUUAACGCAUAAGCAGCUAAGUGACGCCGCCAAGAAGGUCGCAUCCGCCUUACUGGCCCUUGAAGUACCGCUAGAAUCUUCAGAUUUGGCGUUUUUCUUUGCCGAAAACAACCCCUCCACAAGUCCCUACGCCAUCGUCUACACUUCCGGCAGUACCGGGCUGCCCAAGGGGGCGGUUCUCUCCCACCGGGCGUACAUUAGCACCUUUCUCAGUUCACUGCAGGCAAAGUGCUUCACCGGGCACACCGACGACCUGGUGCUCUUUGCCGCCCCUUUUGGCCACAUUUCCGGCGUCUACUUUUCGGGUGCUUUCCUCCUCUCCGGUGCCCGCCUCUUGGUGAUUGACUCGAUGCAGCCGAUGAAAGUCAUCAGUGCCUGGGCCCGGUAUCGAGUCUCUUAUGGGCUGAUUGCCGCCCUUCACGGAGCGGCCAUUCUCGAACUGGUGGAGUCAAAGACGAUUCCCAAGGAGCAAAUUCCCGACCUCAGUUGCACCCGAACAAUGCUCACCAGCGGCGGGAAGUUCCACGAGAGGGUCGCCCGGGGGCUGAUUGCCAAGUUCGGCCUGGAGUUCAAUGAAAUCUACGGCUCGACGGAGUUUAUGGGCGCCGUUUUUAAUAAUGAGAGCAGCUGGGAACCGGGAAACCUGGGGCAGCCGCUGGCAAAUGUCGAGAUGAAGAUUGUAGAUCUGGAAAAUUUGAAUCAUUCUCUGCCGGCAAAUAAACAGGGAGAGAUUUGGUUCCGAGGACCGAGCUGCUUUACUGAGUAUCUGAAAAACCCGGAAGCGACCGCCUCGACGAUCGACGCCGAGGGCUGGUACCACACCGGCGAUGUUGGCUACUACGACUCAACUGGGUCGCUCUUCCUCACCGACCGCCUGAAGGAGCUGAUCAAGUACAAGAGCUGGUCGGUGGCGCCGGCCGAGGUGGAGGCCUGCAUCGGCCACCACCGCCAGGUGGCGGCGGUGUGCGUCGUGGGCGUGCCGCACGCCACCGAGGGCGCCCACCUGAGGGCAAAACAUGGGCUACAUGAAGCGGCUGAACGGCGGCGUCGUCUUCAUCCCGAGCAUGCCUCGUAUCAGCGUCGGCAAGGUGGANGAGAGGUGAUUGCCGAAGAGAUUGUAAAUCUAGUCAAAGAAAACAUGGGCUACAUGAAGCGGCUGAACGGAGGCGUCGUCUUCAUCCCGAGCAUGCCUCGUAUCAGCGUCGGCAAGGUGGACCGAAAGCACUUUGCGGCGCUCAUCAAAAAUGAACUUCUCACAGAGCCGGCCCCCUCUGCUUGA